AUGGGUAAGGAGAAGUCUCACGUCAACGUUGUUGUUAUCGGUCACGUCGACUCUGGUAAGUCGACCACCACCGGUCACUUGAUCUACAAGUGCGGUGGUAUUGACAAGAGAACCAUCGAAAAGUUCGAGAAGGAAGCCGCCGAAUUGGGUAAGGGUUCUUUCAAGUACGCCUGGGUUUUGGACAAGUUGAAGGCCGAAAGAGAAAGAGGUAUCACCAUUGACAUUGCCUUGUGGAAAUUCGAAACUCCUAAGUACGAGGUCACCGUCAUUGACGCUCCAGGUCACAGAGAUUUCAUCAAGAACAUGAUUACUGGUACUUCUCAAGCUGACUGCGCUAUCUUGAUUAUCGCUGGUGGUGUCGGUGAAUUCGAAGCCGGUAUCUCCAAGGACGGUCAAACCAGAGAGCACGCUUUGUUGUCCUUCACCUUGGGUGUCAGACAAUUGAUUGUUGCUAUCAACAAGAUGGACUCCGUCAAGUGGGACGAGUCUCGUUACCAAGAAAUUGUCAAGGAAACCUCCAACUUCAUCAAGAAGGUUGGUUACAACCCAAAGACUGUUCCUUUCGUCCCAAUCUCGGGCUGGAACGGUGACAACAUGAUUGAAGCCACCACCAACGCUUCCUGGUACAAGGGUUGGGAGAAGGAGACCAAGUCUGGUACCGUCAAGGGUAAGACCUUGUUGGAAGCCAUUGACGCCAUUGAGCCUCCUUCCAGACCAACUGACAAGCCAUUGAGAUUGCCAUUGCAAGAUGUCUACAAGAUCGGUGGUAUUGGUACGGUGCCAGUCGGUAGAGUUGAAACCGGUGUCAUCAAGCCAGGUAUGGUUGUCACCUUCGCCCCAGCCGGUGUCACCACUGAAGUCAAGUCCGUUGAAAUGCACCACGAACAAUUGGAAUCUGGUUUGCCAGGUGACAACGUUGGUUUCAACGUCAAGAACGUUUCCGUCAAGGAAAUCAGAAGAGGUAACGUUUGCGGUGACUCCAAGAACGACCCUCCAAAGGGCUGUGCUUCUUUCAACGCUACCGUCAUUGUCUUGAACCACCCUGGUCAAAUCUCUGCUGGUUACUCGCCAGUUUUGGACUGUCACACUGCUCACAUUGCCUGCAGAUUCGACGAAUUGUUGGAAAAGAACGACAGAAGAUCCGGUAAGAAGUUGGAAGACUCUCCAAAGUUCCUAAAGUCCGGUGACGCCGCUUUGGUUAAGUUCGUUCCAUCCAAGCCAAUGUGUGUUGAAGCCUUCUCCGACUACCCACCUUUGGGUAGAUUCGCCGUCAGAGACAUGAGACAAACUGUCGCUGUCGGUGUCAUCAAGGCUGUUGACAAGACUGAAAAGGCUGGUAAGGUCACCAAGGCCGCCGUCAAGGCUGGCAAGAAAUAA